AUGGGGUGGUUUGUUAAAGAAAGAAGAGGACCUGCAUGGAAGCGAGGAUGGUUAGAGGAUACACUACUGAGGUCAUCACCACCUCCUCUUGAACUACUAACUCUCUUAGCCAUCAUAUCUUUGUUCCUCUUCCUCUCCUCGUACCCACGUUAUAAGUACGAGUUUCAAAACAAUCUUACUUUCACUCCUUAUGGUACCCUAUCUUAUGAUCUUCCCAUCGUUUCCUUUUAUUGUCUUAAUCUAUAG